GGCGGGCUUUCUGACUUUGUGGCUGUGGUAACUAGUGACGAACCCCCAUUUGGUCCUCGAUUAAACAUUUUUCAAGACAAAUGAACACAAUUUAAAGUUGCAUUUUCUACCUCAACUCUUAAGCCAUGGCAGGGAACUUCUGGCAGAGCUCGCAUUAUCUGCAGUGGGUCCUGGACAAACAGGACCUGAUGAAGGAGCGUCAGAAGGAUAUGAAGUUUAUGAAUGAGGAGGAGUACUGGAAACUGCAGAUCUUCUUUGCCAAUGUCAUCCAGGCCCUGGGGGAACACCUGAAGCUCCGUCAGCAGGUCAUCGCUACGGCAAUCGUCUACUUCAAACGUUUCUAUGCCAGGUACUCCCUGAAGAGUAUAGACCCGGUGCUCAUGGCUCCUACAUGUGUGUUCCUGGCCUCUAAAGUGGAGGAAUUUGGUGUUGUUUCAAACACUCGUCUUAUCUCUGCAGCUACGUCCGUGUUAAAAACCAGAUUUUCCUAUGCCUUCCCAAAGGAGUUCCCUUACAGAAUGAACCAUAUAUUAGAAUGUGAGUUCUAUCUACUGGAGCUCAUGGACUGCUGUUUGAUAGUGUACCACCCCUACAGACCCUUGCUGCAGUAUGUGCAGGACAUGGGGCAGGAGGACAUGCUACUGCCGUUGGCCUGGAGAAUAGUGAAUGACACGUAUAGGACAGACCUCUGUCUGCUCUACCCUCCCUUCAUGAUCGCUCUAGCCUGUCUGCAUGUUGCCUGUGUGGUGCAGCAGAAGGACGCCAGGCAGUGGUUCGCUGAGCUCUCUGUAGACAUGGAGAAGAUUCUGGAGAUCAUCCGAGUCAUCCUGAAGCUUUAUGACCAGUGGAAGAACUUUGACGAAAGGAAGGAGAUGGCUGCUGUGAUUAACAAGAUGCCUAAACCCAAGCCUCCACCCAACAGUGAGAAUGACCAGAGCUCUAAUGGGAACCAGAACAACUCCUACAGCCAGUCAUAGGCAAUGGGAUAGUAUCCAUGGACAGGGUGCAGGGGGAAAACUUAUGUUGCACAAUACCGUGGUGUGACAUCAGAGACUAAUCAUAUGUAUUUCAGCUGAUCAAAUAGCAGAAGAAACAGGGUACCAAAAAAGCCCAAACCCUCUUUUCUGAUAUGGUUAUCCCAACCAGAAGACCAAGUAUGCACACGCUCAAUCCGCCUCUGCUCAUACGAUAACUCAUCAAAGAGAUGACCACAGGAAUGCUGGCAUCAGUCAAUCGGUGCCAGCAGUCAUGUGUUGCCACGAUACUCCAUCUCUCAACAGUUAACCUUAUGGACCUAAACCAAACUGCAAGAAACAGGAGGAUGUAGGGAGGGACGGGGGGACUUUGAGUUGUGAUAAUCCUGACUUCCUUGAACUCUCUCAGGGAUCAGUCAUGUAAUAUGGAGCUCCGUGGGACCAGAGAAAACUUGACCAUUAGUGAGUGUGUGUGAUUGAGUGGCCCAUUUGGUAGUGGCUUCAUUCCUCAGGGAGAAUAGUAGUCCUUUAUACUGGUAUCUGUAAGAUGAUUAUGCCCUGUACUGUUUUAGAUGCGAUCUGAUAGGAUGUAAGGCUGUUGGAUUGUUACCCGAUUGGAUGUCCUGCAAUCUGAGGUCUACAUUGAUUGAUUGGUUGCAGAGCUUAGCAGGGGAAGUCACGGGCGAGAAUGUAAUUUCCAGGGGUACACACUAGAUUAAAAUGUCUUCAUUUACUGUUAUAUCUCCUGCCCAGCCCAUCUCCAGCCUUUGCAAAUAGCCUUACUCAUACCUUUAUUCCUUUGUUUAAUCUUUUGUGUUUUGCUUGAUUGAGCAAAUUUGCAUGGGUAGAAAUCAUGAACUGUAUUAGCUAAUAGUCUGCUUCAAGUAAAAGUGCUCAAAUGUGUUUACUAUCAUGAAUAAAAAAAGAUGGAGCAUAUUGUGUAAGGACCACAUUUAUUUGUUGUUGGUGGGGAGGGAAGGUGGAAUUUUAGCUGCGUGUUCUUUAUUGCAUAUUGAAUCAGUCCUCAACAAGCCAGGGUCCAAUGUUGUUUUCUGUCUGCACCUGCCAUGUAUUUCAUCAAAUUGAAGUGUCACAAUACCUUUGUGCAUAUUUACUUGUAGAUAUCGAUAUAUUGUCUGUGCCGUAAAUAAUACAGUGGGAGUGAUGUGUGUGGGGUUGAGUUUAUGUCUGUGUUUGUGUGUGUCCAGAACCGGUGCUUGAAUGCCUUACAAAAUAAAGCUGCUUGUCAAGAGACUUUAGAGCACA